AUGAAUCUCCUUACUAUUGCAUUGACAAUUCCCCUGCUGUGGGAAGGUGUACUGGCAUUGAAUGCAGCCGAAUGGCGCAAUCAAUCGAUUUACUUUCUCAUGACGGACCGAUUUGCCCGGACAGAUGGCUCCACCACUACUCCUUGCGAUGUUGGACAACGUGGCUAUUGCGGCGGAACUUGGAAAGGCAUCAUUGAUCACCUUGACUAUAUCCAAGGCAUGGGAUUUACCGCCAUCUGGAUCACGCCAAUUGUCGAGCAGAUCCCGCAGACAACACCUGAGGGAACAGGGUUCCACGGGUACUGGCCUCGGAAUAUAUAUAAUGUCAAUUCUCAUUUCGGAACCGCCGAUGAUAUUCGGGCAUUGUCCAAGGCUCUUCAUGACCGGGGAAUGUACUUGAUGAUGGACGUUGUGGCCAACCACAUGCAUGUCGAGAAGGACUUUUGGAGUGGCUACACGCAGGCUGCUGGAGUCUAUUCUGUUGGUGAAAUUCUCCAUGGAGACCCUGCAUAUACCUGUCGUUGCCAAGGUUACAUGGACGGUGUCAUGAACUAUCCCAUCUCUGUCGCUUCUACCUGCAAGGAUCCAACUCUCCUUGGAAAUUUCAUCGAGAACCAUGACAAUCCCCGAUUUCCAAGUUAUACCAGCGACAUAUCCCAAGCCAAGAGCGGGAUUGCCUAUAUAUUCCUCACUGACGGUAUUCCUAUCAUUUACUCGGGCCAAGAGCAACAUUAUUCCGGUGGCGCGGAUCCAUACAACCGUGAAGCUCUGUGGCUUUCUGGAUAUUCCACCAACUCGGAGCUUUACAAGUUCAUCGCCACGACAAACAAGAUCCGCAGGCUUGCCAUCUCAAAGGAUCUGAACUAUCUCCCGGCAAAGAACAAUCCCUUCUACACAGAUAGCCACACUAUCGCGAUGAAAAAGGGCUCCGGAGGCUCCAACGUCAUCACGGUCCUGACCAAUUCCGGCUCCAACGCCGGCUCGUACACUCUCAACUUGGACAGCCAUGGGAUUCUCGACUCAAACGGCAACCUACCCGUCCCAAUGUCGUCUGGCCUCCCUCGUGUGCUCGUUCCAUCCCCUUGGGUAUCUGGAAGCGGACUAUGCGGCGGUUCAUCCACCUCUAGCCUGGCCACCCCGACAGUGUCUUCUACCUCUACUGGCACCUGCGCUCCCUCCACGGCGCUUCCUGUUGUUUUUAAUGAGCGGGUGGCCACCUCGUAUGGGGAAAAUAUCUUCAUUUCCGGUUCAAUCGACCAGCUUGGGAACUGGGACACUUCUAGAGCCGUUGCACUGUCUGCUAGCGGAUACACGUCUUCGAACCCAGUGUGGAGUGUGAAGCUGGACUUGUAUGCUGGUACCUAUUUCCAGUACAAAUUCAUCAGGAAGGGGCAGGAUGGAAGUGUUAUAUGGGAAAGCGGCCCUAAUCGAUCCUAUACUUUGCCCAGCGGGUGUGCUGAGACCGCAAUAACCAUCGCUGAUUCGUGGAGAUAA